AUGCCAUUUUCUUUCGUCUUGCCUGUCCCGCUUCCGCCCCACCGCGCGAACCAACCAACUACUUCACUCCGUGCACGGCGGUAUCGACCGGCCCGAGCUACCCUUUCGUCAAAUAACUUGUACGAGGUUCUCGGCCUUCGUCCACCCAACCCCAAGUCCUCACCUUCUCUCAACGAGAUUCGCAAAGCAUACCUCGAGCUCGCCAAGACAUUGCAUCCCGAUGUGACUACGGAAACCGACGCCGACGCCGGUGCCCGCUUCGAAAUCAUCGCGCGGGCGUGGGCUGUGCUGGGUGACCCUUCUCUACGUCAGAUAUACGACAGCACGGGUCAUGAGGGCCUUGCCGCUAUACGAAGCAUCGAUGACCGUGCUGCAACCGUGCGCGAGCGAUACUCCGCCCUUGACGGCGAGCAACUCGAUUUUCUUUCGGAUACAGGCCAGCUCAUAGGCGGUCUCCUGUCCCCUGCCGAUGAAGCGCCUCCUGGGAUGGGUGACGACGAUCGCACAGGAGAAGGCAGCGAACGUGAUGACGCAUGUCCCCGGUCCGUGGAAGAGGCCAUAUGGAACAUACAAUUCCAUGAGGAUCGAUCCGUCAAGUAUUAUGGAUUGUGGUGGAUCUACAAGUUUAAGGUCAAGCAAGCUGAGAAAGCCCUGGUCAAGGUCCUGCGCACUUCGACGGAACAGACGGCCUUGGGUGGAUAUGGCCUGCGACGCCGAGCGGCAUUGGCCCUUGGAGCUGUAGCUGCAGCUCCCACAAACGAAAAUGACGCUGCAGUCCUGGCGCUGAAAGAGGCCCUCGAGAGCCCAGACUAUUUCCUGAGGUAUAGGGCUGCUGAGGCGCUCGCAAAUAUCGCACAGCGAGCAGCACUUGUCCCGGACCCCACGACAGCGUUCCCGCAAGUAGUUGUUGAUCAGCUCAAAGCAAUGUUGCAGAGAGGCAAGCAAUACUUGGAGGAAAAAAAUGAGUCGAAGAGUGGAUAUACGCAACAAGAGGGUUUGUUUGAUCUUGAAAAACUCGACCCUGUCGUGCGAGAGAAGCUUGAAAAGGUAUUCCAGGACAGGCGACAAAAUGAAGAAAGGAGUAAGCGUACUACAAUGACACCGCAACUGGGAGUUGAUGAGGUCGGAUCCGACACUGACGAGCCCUAUGAAUGGAUACUGAAAGCCAUCUCUGCUAUAACAUCUGGUGCAGAGGCCCAUGACAAGCAACUUCUAAGCGUCAUUCGAUCGUAUAGAAACAACUCUGUUCCUCUUGUGAGGUAUGCCGCCCACAAAGCACUUUAUGCACUAACAAAUGACUCUAUUCAUGCAGAGGAAAUCGUACAGGCACUUGAGUAUGGUGUAGAACAUCACUAUUCGCAACGCGUUCUCAUUCGAGAUUUGGGAGACGUAGGUUAUUCAAAAGGCGCUGCAUCUGUAGCUUCUUGUCCUAUGGUUGAAAACAGCUUCAAGAUUUUCGCCCUCAAGAAUAUGCUUGCUAAGAAAAAUCAUGAUCCGAAGGAUGACGAUGUACGAAACGUCUUGGAGCACAUGGAUUCGCUUUUAUAA